AUUUCACUUUUUUGAAUAAUCACAAUUAACAUGACACCAUUCCAUUUCAACGUGUUUCCGUUAUUCUUCAUUCUAUCCAUCACCAUUGUUACACGUAUCGAUGCUGCUGAACCUUUUCCCCUUCACGACGCUCCUUAUCUCAAUCGUAGCAGUUUCCCGCCAGAUUUCGUUUUUGGAACAGCCUCUUCUGCAUUUCAGUAUGAAGGUGCAGCAUUUGAAGAUGGAAAAGGACCUAGCAUUUGGGAUACUUUCGCUCAUAAAUAUCCAGAAAAAAUUACAGAUGGAAGUACUGGAGAUGUUAUAAUCGGUAAUCGGUAUAGUCCAAAUUGUAGUUUUGCAAAGGAUGAUAUCAGAAUCAUGAAGUAUAUGAAUAUGGAUGCUUAUAGAUUCUCCAUUUCAUGGUCUAGAGUGCUACCAAAAGGAAAGCUUAGUGGAGGUGUUAACAGUGAAGGGAUAAAUUACUAUAACAACCUCAUCGAUGAACUAUUGGCUAAUGGUCUCCAACCAUAUGUGACCAUUUUUCACUGGGACGUUCCACAAGCCUUAGAGGAUGAGUAUGGCGGUUUUUUAAGCCGUCACAUUGUAGAUGAUUUUAGGGACUAUGCUGAACUUUGCUUCAAGAAAUUUGGUGAUAGAGUGAAACGUUGGAUUACUUUGAAUGAACCAAGAAGUGUGAGUAAGAAUGGCUAUGCAAACGGAAGGUUUGCACCAGGGCGAUGCUCAGACUGGUUGAAAAUGAAUUGCACAGGAGGUGAUUCGGGGACAGAACCGUAUUUGACUUCGCACUACCAACUUCUUGCUCAUGCUGCUGCUGCAAAACUGUACAAGACCAAGUAUCAGGCAUCUCAAAAGGGUUUACUAGGGAUUACCUUAAACUCUGAUUGGUUUGUGCCUGUGUCUAAAGAGAAAGCAGAUCGUGAUGCGGCACAACGAGCCCUCGACUUCAUGUUUGGAUGGUACAUGGAGCCACUCACCAAAGGUGAGUAUCCAAAAAGCAUGCAAUCCAUGGUGGGAAAACGGCUACCAAAGUUCUCCGAAAAAGAAUCAGAGCAACUUAAGGGGUCCUUCGAUUUUCUAGGCCUAAACUAUUAUUCAUCCUUUUAUGCUGCUAAUGCACCUCACCUACGGGGGGCUGAACCAGCCCAACAAACUGAUGCUCUUGUUAAUGUUACAAAUCAGCAUGAUGGAAAGCUCCUUGGUCCAAUGGCUGCUUCCAGCUGGUUGUGCAUUUAUCCACGAGGGUUUCAAGAACUAUUGCUUUUCAUAAAGAAACAGUACAACAACCCUGUAAUUUACAUUACUGAAAAUGGUUAUGAUGAGUUCAACGAUCCAACUCUAUCACUUGAAGAAUCCCUUAUAGAUACUUACAGGAUUGAUUACUUUUAUCGUCAUCUUUAUUAUCUUCAAACCGCAAUCAAGGAUGGUGUGAAUGUAAAGGGAUAUUUUGCAUGGUCAUUGUUGGAUAACAUGGAAUGGGACUCUGGCUACACGGUGCGAUUCGGACUCGUCUUUGUGGAUUUUAAAAAUGACUUGAAAAGAUAUCAAAAACUCUCGGCGCAUUGGUUCAAGAAAUUCCUCAAAAAAUCUUAGGACUUGUAUAUUUUCAGCACAAGGAAAAGUUAUGUGUUUUAAUGAACUUCAGAUUAGAAGAAAAUGAUAUGAAAUUCACUCUUACAUAGAGUUUUUUUUAAAUAAAAGAGUUGUUAAUAA